AUGAAGGGAUCAGAAAAGAUAACAGUACCUAUUGCUGUAUCAGAGAUACCUCAGGGGAUUAAAGAAGGGAAAGAAAAGAAAGAAAUAGAUAAUUUUGGACGUAAAGAAAAAAUAAAAGGAGAAGAUGUCGCAAAGAUUCAGGCAUCACAAGUUAUAAAUGCUACGGCACAUUCAAACCGUUCUCCAUUGAAAAAUGGGUAUAAUAUGACGAAAGAACAUACGUAUACUCAACGAAAAACGAUUGGAGAUUGGCAACUAGGAAAAACAGUGGGAUCAGGAAGUAUGGGUAAAGUGAAACUUGUUACACACUGCGUUACGAAUGAAAUUGCAGCAGUUAAAAUUAUACCACGAUCACUGUCACAUGGGUCUCACUUAGCGUCUCAUAGUGUGCAAGAUAAUGGAAAAGAGAUACGUGCGAUUCGUGAAAUUGCGAUUUCGAGUCUUCUUCAACAUCCAUAUAUAUGUACUCUUCGAGACGUUAAAAUACAACCUAAUCAUUAUUAUGUAUUUUUUGAAUAUAUUAAUGGCGGCCAGAUGCUUGAUUAUAUUAUUUCUCACGGAAAAUUAAAGGAAAAACAAGCACGCAAAUUUGCGAGACAGAUCGGUUCUGCUCUCGACUAUUGCCACCGUAAUUCUAUUGUCCAUCGAGACCUUAAAAUUGAAAAUAUUCUUAUUUCUAAAGAAGGAGAUAUUAAAAUUAUUGAUUUUGGUCUUUCUAAUCUUUAUUCCCCGCACUCUCAACUUUCUACUUUUUGUGGAUCUCUUUAUUUUGCAGCUCCCGAGCUUUUAAAUGCUAAAGCAUACGUUGGUCCGGAAAUAGAUGUAUGGAGUUUUGGUGUUGUCCUUUACGUUCUCGUAUGUGGAAAAGUUCCAUUUGACGAUCAGAAUAUGCCUGCUCUCCACGCAAAAAUUAAGCGUGGACAUGUUGAAUACCCAUCUUGGCUUACUACAGAGUGUAAACAGCUUCUUUCUAGGAUGCUCGUUACGGUGCCCAGUCAACGAGCUACUCUUUCUGAAAUUCUUAAUCACCCGUGGAUGACUAGAGGAUAUGAUUGUCCUCCCGAGAAUUACUUUCCUUCGCGUUUCCCUAUUACAUUUCCUUUGGACAUGGAGAUUAUCCGUAGAAUGACAGGCUUCGAGUUUGGCAGUGAACAAACCAUUCAUUCAAAGUUAAAUAAUAUUAUUGAAUCCGAAGGCUAUCGAAAACUUGUUAAAACAUAUUAUAAUCAGUCACCCGAUACACAUGUUUUAUCAGUGCUUAUCGACAAAAAAAAAACAUUUUUUGAUUUUUACAAACGCAAAUCAAACAUAUCAUAUAACUUGGUUUCUACCUCGACUUCUGAAAGUGUUGUUCAGAAUCAACACAAAAUUAAACCAUUGUACGCUGAUGCAUAUCAUCCUUUGAUCUCAAUUUACUAUCUUGUAAAAGAAAAGAUAGAGCGCGAGAAAAAAAAUGGAUACAAAGACUCCUGUACUUAUAAAGGAGACUUCUUCAAUGCUUCUAGCAUCUCUACUUCAAUCGGUGCAUUCACAACUCAGCUGGAUCACAAGACCCGUCAUGGCACCGUACCAAUUCUUAGAAAUCGAUCUUUUACAAUACGGACUCGGACAAAAACUUGCAAUGAGAAAGAUGUCAACUCUGUCAUCAAAGAUAUACCCCCUGUGUCUCCAGAUCUUGAUCUUGUUACGGCUGAUAUUACUACUAAUGCUGCUGCUAACGCUACUACUAAUACUAUUACUAACGCCGUUGCCAACAAUAACACUAACACUAACAAUGCUUCUAGCAAUGCUCAUAACCUGGAUACUGGAACACAAAGAGAGAAACUUCAAGCUGCUCCGGCGCUUCAGUUCUCGAAAAAUUAG